AUGUUAAAAACCUUAAGAUUUGGAACAAGAGCAUUCGGCCAAAAUUUAAAUAUUGCCAAAAGAAACUUUUGUACUAGAUACACAAACGAUCAUGAAUGGGUCACUUCUCUUGGUUCUCAAAAUUAUAGAUUGGGUAUUACCGAUUUUGCCCAAAAACAAUUAGGUGAUAUUGUCUUUGUUGAAAUACCACAAAUUGGAGCAACAUUAUCUCAAGGUCAACCAAUAACAGUAGUUGAAUCAGUUAAAGCAGCUAGCGAUAUCUAUAUUCCAAUGGAUGGUUCAAUUACUACUGUAAACCAAGAAUUAGAAAGUUCACCAGAGUUAGUAAAUGAAGAACCAAUGGGCGAUGGUUGGAUUGUUGAGUAUAAAUCAAGCAAAACUGAUCAAUUCCAAAGUUUAAUGAAUAAAGCCCAAUAUGAUGAAUAUAUUAAAGAACAUUAG